CCGGCGAUCCAUAGGGACUGCGGGCUUCCAUAGGGACUGCGGGCUUCCAUAGGGCCGGCCAUCCACAGGGUCUGCGGGCUUCCAUGGGGCGGUGUUCCAUAGGGCCGGCUCUCCAUAGGGCCGGCUCGCCUUAGGGGCUGCGGGAGCCGCUCCCGCCCCGCCACCGCCCGGGCUCCCACACGAAGGCGGCGGGAGGCGCGGGCGCCCUGCGCAGCUGUUCCAGUGCUCCGCCACCUCCGCGGAAAGAAGCCGCUCUUCCUCAUGCCGAGGUGGAAUUUCUUGUUUUAAUUUAUGGCCGCUGCUCCUCGUCCUGGCACCAUCAGUGGUGGAAGCUGAUGAAUAGUUAUUUACAUCAGGAUUUACUGAGAAGUUCACCAGGAGGUUCCACCUUGCUAUGAGAAGCCAAGAUGGAUCCAGAAGAGCAGGAUUUACUUGGGGAUUACAGGUACAGGAAUUACUCUUCAGCAAUCGAGAAAGCUCUGAGGAACUUCGAAUCAUCCAGCGAAUGGGCAGAUCUGAUCUCUUCCCUCGGCAAACUCAAUAAGGCUCUGCAGAGUAACCUGAAAUAUUCUCUGCUGCCCAGGAGAUUGAUCAUCAGUAAAAGAUUAUCGCAGUGCUUGCACCCAGCCCUGCCCAGUGGGGUGCACUUGAAAGCUUUAGAAACCUACGAAAUCAUCUUUAAAAUCAUCGGCACUAAAUGGCUUGCCAAGGAUUUGUUCUUGUACAGCUCUGGUUUGUUCCCUCUGCUGGCAAAUGCAGCGAUGUCAGUGAGACCUGUUCUCCUGGGCUUGUAUGAGAAAUAUUUCCUCCCUCUCCAAAAAUCCCUCCUGCCCGGUCUCCAGGCCUUUGUAAUUGGGCUGCUGCCUGGCUUGGAAGAAGGAUCAGAAAUUUAUGACAGAACAGAUGCUCUGCUGGUGAAGCUGUCCCUGCUGAUGGGUCAGGAGGUGUUUUAUGGAGCUCUGUGGGGCAGUGUCCUGGGCAGCCCCUCCAUCAGGCUCCCUGCUUCCCUCUUCGUUGUCAGCCACAUCAACAGGGAGCUCUCGGGCAAACAGCAGAAAUUCAUGCUCGGCACCGAUUAUAAACUCACAAUAAAGUCUUUGUGCGUGUCAGUGCUGGAUUCCAACGUCCUUGUGCAGAGGAACACUCUGGAAGCAAUCCUCUUCUUUUUCCCGUUUUAUACAGCUUUGGACUGCAAGGAAAGCACCAUCCUGCUGAGGAGGGCUGAUCUGGUUUAUAUCCUGUCAGCAGCCACGCAGACACUGCUGAGGAGAGACAUGUCCCUCAACAGGAGAUUGUAUGCAUGGCUGCUAGGCUCUGAUAUUAAAGGUGGCACUUUUGCUCCAGACUCCACCACUUCUGAAGACCAUGCUGUUUAUUUCUUUGGAAAAUACUCUAAAGAUCUUCUGGUUGAGAGUUUGAUUGUGAUUCUGCAUCAGAAAUUCCCAGAGUCUGACCCAGAGGAAAAGCACCAGGCUUAUCUCAAACCCUUCCGGAUCCUCAUCAGCCUCCUGGACAAACCUGAAAUAGGGCCACAGGUUGUUGGGGAUCUGUUCCUGGAAGUCCUUAGAGCUUUUUAUUCCUACUGCAAAGACACCCUGGGUUCUGAUCUCAAACUCAGCUACAAUCAAAGUGGCAACACCCUGGCAAGUGCAAUCAAAGAGAACAAAAACGCUUCAGAAAUUGUCAAAACGGUGAAUUUGCUGAUCACGUCCUUAAGCACCGAUUUCCUCUGGGAUUAUCUGACCAAAUGCUUUGAAGAUUGUUUCAGAAACAAAUCCACGGGGAUGAGGUAUCCUCUGGAAAAUGUGAGCGCUCCUCCUAGCAUUUCAGAGCUCUGCACGCUGCUGGUGUUCCUGCUGGACGUGAUCCCUCUGGAGCUCUACUCAGAAGUGCAGACUCAGUACCUGCCCCAGAUGCUCAGCUACAUGGUGCAGUCCCUCCUGGAAAACCUGGAAGUGUUGGGAUUGCCAGAGCUCACUCAUGCCUUAAAAACCUGCUUUAAGGUGCUCAGCAAGGUGCAAAUGCCCCCUUCCUACCUGGACACCGAGACAGGGAGUGACAACGGGAGCCCAGUGCCAAAGGAAGGUGUGGACAUAACCCUGGAGACCAAACCUGUGCUGCAGGAGGAGGAGGAGGAGGAGGAGGAGGAGGCUCCAUUCCCUCCCCUCAAGUCAGAGGACAGUGGCAUUGGCCUGAGUGCCUCCUCCCCAGAGCUGUCCCAGCACCUGGGGGUGCCCACGGUGACCCUGGAGAGAGAUGAUGUCUGGAAAAAGGGAGGGAGCAUCCAGAAAACUCUCUGUUGCAUUCAGGAGCUGGUGGCCAAGUUCUCCAGCAAAUACAUUUUCGGGGUGCAGCUCCAAGAAAUGAGUCCUGAAAGGAUUGCAGCGAUCAAGGAGAAGAAAGAGAAUGGCUACAGGUUACCUGAGAGUGGCAACAAGAAAAAGAGUCCCUGGGAUGCCAAGCAGAUCACUGUGCCUCAGGUCAAACAAAUGCUCUCCGAGCUGUUCUCAGCCCGGGGCUCGCCCUUCAGGAGCAAGAAUUCCACCCCUCUCCUCUCUGAACACAGCUCUGGUCACAAAAAGGAGAGGGAGAAGGAGGAGGAGGAGGAGUGGGACCUGGAGCUGGUGUUGGGACCCCUCAGAGGGGACUGCAGGGAAGCUUUUUCUGCAGCUUGUCACCUGCUGCUGGAUUGUACCACGUUCCCGGUUUACCUGUCGCAGGAGGAGAUGGAACACUUGUACCUCUCUCUGUUUCAGGGGCCUGGAGGUGAUCCCAGCUUCCCUGCGUGGCUGAAGUCGCUGAUGACGAUCUGCUGCUGUGUGGACGACUGCCACGUGCAGAACGUGUCCAUCUUCACCCUCCUGGAGGUCAUCAACCACUCCCAGUCCCUGGCACUGGUGAUUGAGGACAGGAUGAAGAGGUACAAAGUGUCUGGCCACAACCCUUUCCUUGGCAAGCUGCAGAUGGUCACCCUUCCUCCCAUUGCUCCUGCAGUCCUGAAGAUGAUCUCAGAGAAGACAGAUUUCUACCAGAGAGUCGCCUGUGUGCUCUGGAAUCAGCUGAACAAGGAGACUCGGGAGCACCACAUUGCCUGUGUGGAAUUGUUCUACAGACUUCACUGCCUGGCUCCCUCAGCCAAUAUCUGUGAGGACAUCAUCUGCCAGGCCCUUCUGGAUCGGGAUAAAGGGACAAGGCUGGAAGCUCUGUACAGAUUCUCUGUCAUGUGGCACCUGACCAGAGAGAUCCAAGGCAGCAGAGUGUCAUCCCACAAUCGCUCCUUUGAUAGGUCUCUGUUUGUGGUGCUGGACAGCCUGAACUGCUCGGACGGGGCCAUCGGGGCGGCGGCUCAGGGCUGGCUGAUCCGGGCGCUGUCCCUCAGCGACGUGGCGCGGAUCCUGGAGCCCGUGCUGCUGCUGCUGCUGCACCCCCGCACCCAGCGCACCUCCAUCACCUACAUCAAGCACAGGAGCCCCCCAGACUACGUUCGUGAUUGGCUUUGCAAGAAAAAGACCCCUCUGAAAGAGUCCGGCAUCUCUGAGAGCAGUUCUGAGGAGAACCUGCCCCUGAGCCAGUUCACGACUGUGGACAGGGAAGCGAUUUGGGCAGAGGUGGAGAACGACCCGGACAAAGCGGAGCCGAAAGCCGAGCAGCCGGAAAACGACGACGGAUCCUGCCAGGACGCGGAGGGCGACCGGGACGCCAGCGAGCACACGGAGUCUGCGGACAGCAGCACGGGCCGUGACAGCGACAACACCUCCUCCUUCUCCCCUUCCCUGGAGCUCCGCCGCGGCGAGGAGGCCGCCAGCCCCGGGAAUUCCCGCAGCGCCUCCCUGUCCGACAGCUCCAGGUGCAGCGCCGGGCCCAACCUGGCGAGGGCCGACUCGGAGAGGACUCAGGCCUCGGAGUCUCUGUCCAGCGACGAGGAGGCGGACUUGGAGCUGCAGGAAAUCGCGCACUGCAGGCUGCUGAGGCGGCAGAAGGAGAAGCAGGAGGUGGCGGAGGCCCUGUUCAAGCACAUGCUGCUCUACCUGCAGCCCUACGACUCGCGGCGGGUGCUCUACGCCUUCUCCGUGCUGGAGGCCGUGCUCAAAACCAACCCCAAGGAAUUCAUCGAGGCCGUGGCCACCACCAGCAUGGACACCAGCUCCACGGCGCACCUGAACCUCAUCUACAACCUCUUGGCUCGCCACCAGGAAGCUCUGGUGGGGCAGAGCUUCUACGGGAAGCUGCGGCCUCAGUCGCCCGCGGUGUGUCCCCACUCGCUGCUGAUCGAGCUGCUCACCUACCUGUGCCUCAGUUUCCUGCGCUCCUACUACCCCUGCUGCCUGCAGCUCGGCCACAGGGACCUCCUGGGCAACAGGGACGUGCAGGUGAAGAGCGUGGAGGUGCUCAUCAGGAUGAUGGCCCAGCUGGCCGGCGCGGCCAAGGCCGGCGAGCCCAAGAGCGCCGAGCUGAUCCGGGAUCUGCUGGCGAGGUGCAAAGUGCAGGAGUUCGUUCUGCUCUCGCUGUCGGCCUCCAUGUACGUCAGCCGCAGGCGCCGCGCGCUGCUCGUGGCCGACGGGCCCGGCCCCGCCGAGGAGGAGCUGCUGGAGGAGAGCCUCAUCAACUUCGGCCACGAUCAGAUCUGGAGCGAGCACCCGCUGCAGAUCGAGCUGCUGAAGCUGCUGCAGGUGUUGAUCGUCUUGGAGCACCACCUGGGCCAGAGCCCCGAGGAGCAGGAGAACCAGCCCGACCUCUCCAAGGAGUGGCAGCGGGCUCUGAACUUCCAGCAGGCCAUCGGGGCCAUGCAGUACGUGUACCCACACCCCAUCACCUCCCAGGGCCUGUUCGUCUCGGCCGUGGUGAGGGGGCUGCAGCCCGAGUACGGCCACGGGAUGCACCCCACCUGGGUGGCCUUGGUCACCGGCUCCCUGCCCUAUUUUGGGAAGUCCUUAGGCUGGACCGUGGCUCCGUUUGUGGUGCAGAUCUGUAAGAACCUGGAUGAGCUCGUCAAGCAGUACGAAAACGAAGCCGUCAAGGCGUCUGCCAAAACAUCUGCCGGCUUCACUUCCAAAAGAGAAAAUGUGACUCCUGAUUACCCCCUCACCCUUCUGGAAGGGCUGACAACCAUCGGGCACUUCUGCCUUCUGGAUCAUCCCAAUCCAACAAAAAAGUCAUCCUGUUCAGCUGAACCUGCCAACCUGAGGAACGCCAGGAAUGCCAUCCUGGAGGAGCUGCCUCGAAUUAUGAACACCAUGAGCCUCCUCUGGAGUGUCAUAAAGAGGGAAGACUCCCAGAAAAGACCAACUGACUUCUUUGGGACAACUAAAGGCUCCUCUUCAGUCUACUUCAAAGCAACCAAAACACUAAGAACAAAAAUAUUGGAAUUCCUAAAUCCCCUGACGGCACCGCUUGGAGUCCAGCUGAUGGCAGCAAUUGCAGCAGUGUGGAACAGCAAGAAACCUCACAGGAGUCACAGUAAAACCAAGAUUCUCCCAGUGGCCAGUGCAUCCCAGCUUAUCCUCGUGGACUUAAUUUGUGCCCUGGAGACCUUGAAAAUUGACACCAUAUUGCAUCUGGUCAAAGAGGUGGUCAGGAAACCGGCACAAAUCAAGGGGGAGGAGAAAUCUUCUCUCGUGGAUAUCCCGGUGCUGCAGUUCAGUUAUGCUUUCAUUCAGAGGCUCCCUGUGCCAGCCCUGCAGGAGAACUUCCAGCCCUUGUUAGGGCUCCUCAGAGAGUCUGUGCAGCUGAACUUGGCUCCUCCCGGCCACUUCCUCCUGCUCAGCACCCUGAACGACUUUGUGACAAGGACACCCACCCUGGAAAACAAAAAGGACCAGAAGGACCUGCAGGAGGUGACCCAAAAGAUCCUGGAGGCUGUGGGGACCGUUGCUGGCUCUUCCCUGGAGCAGACCAGUUGGCUGAGCAGGAACUUGGAAGUGAAAGCUCAGCCUCAGAUUUUACCAGAUGAAUUCAACGUGGAGGAUGCCAACGACACGUCAGUGGCCCCGUCCUCGAUGGUUUCUGCCUCUGCUCCUUCCAUCUACAGCGUCCAAGCCCUUUCUCUCCUGGCAGAGGUGCUGGCCUCGCUGCUGGACGUGGUUUACCGCAGCGAUGAGAAGGAGAAGGCCGUGCCCCUCAUCUCCCGCCUGCUCUAUUUCGUCUUCCCCUACCUGCGGAACCACAGUGCCUACAAUGUUCCCAGUUUCCGUGCUGGUGCUCAGCUGCUCAGCUCCCUGAGUGGAUACGCCUACACCAAGAGGGCCUGGAAAAAAGAAGUGCUGGAAUUGUACAUGGAUCCAUCAUUUUUCCAGAUGGACACUUCCUGCACUCACUGGAGAUCCAUCAUUGAUCACCUCCUCACACAUGAGAAAACCAUGUUUAAGGAUUUGAUGACCAUGCAGAGCGGCGCCCUGAAGCUGUACCCCAGCUUUGAGCAGAAGGCCAUGCUGCUGAAGCGCCAGGCGUUCGCCGUCUUCAGCGGGGAGAUCGACCAGUACCACCUGUACCUGCCCCUGAUCCAAGAGCGCCUGACUGAGAACCUGCGCGUGGGCCAGACUUCUCUGGUGGCUGCCCAGAUGUUCCUCUUCUUCAGGGUUCUUUUGUUGAGGAUUUCCCCUCAACAUCUCACCUCUCUGUGGCCAAUCAUGGUCACAGAACUGAUCCAGACGUUUCUACAGCUGGAGGAAGAUUUAACUGAGGAAGAGGAACCAGCAAAGAGCAGCAGCAAAAUCAGCAAAGCCAAAGGCUCUGGGGACGGCAGCGGGGCCGAGAUCCAGCCCAACGAGCUGUGCCUGUACCUGGCAGCCUGCAAAUUCCUGGACACUGCUCUUUCCUUCCCCCCUGACAGGAUGCAGCUCUUCCAAAUGUACAAAUGGGCCUUUGUGCCAGAGGUGGACACAGAAUCACCUCCUGUCACCUCCCACCUGGUGGAAAACCACCAGGAAUGCCAGCCACACAUCGUGAGGAUCAUGGAUCUGCUCAAGAUGAAAUACGGGGAGCCAAAGCCCCCCGAGGGAACUCCCAGGAAUCCCAAAUUCCCCCUGCUGAGCCUGCGCUCCGUGUCCAGCAUCACGCAGCUGAUGCCUUUCUUCCAGACUCUGUGCUGGGCAUUCACAGCCCGCGGCAGUGACUCCCAAAAUUCCCAACCCUCCGCAGCUGCCUCCGUGGAUUCCCUGGGCAGCAACAGCAUCAGGAUCCUGCAGCAGCUGGAGGACAGCGUGGAAUGUGAUUUCCUGGAAAAUAUGGAAAGCUGAGCUUCGCCUGGGACACUGGUGCUGGAUCAACAGCAAACACAGGGAAAGCUUGGCUGAAAUUCCUUUUUUUUUAACCCCCCAGAUUUCCAGCUCCAGUUUGGGAUUUCUCCCUGCUGUUGCAGAGUGCUCUUCAGUUAUUCGGGAGCUGGUGGUAAAAAGCGGGAAUCUCCCGUUCCUGUGGUGGGGGAAAAGGGCGGUUUGGUGGGGAUUUCUCAGAGUUGCUGUGUUUUAUUUGCUUUCCAUGGGAAGGAUUAAAGACGUUUUGUAAAUAAGGGAAGAAUAUUUUGGACCUGGUGGAAGUAGCGGCUGCCCUGGGACUUCUCCAGUACUUUCGAGUGCUUUUGGAACCGUGUCCUGAGGGAAAAUCCAAUAUUGCAUGUCGGUGUACAAUCACUUUGCAGUGAGUCAUUGCCUGAGGUGAAAGCCCCUUAAUUUGGCCUAAAUUGAUCAAAUUCUAAACAAAUCCCCCAAAUUCCUCACAGAUGGAUUUUCUGUGUCGCAGCUUUGCCCUGGCUGUGAUUUCAGCUCUGUCCUACAUCAGUAUCCUCAGGCUUAGCAAUUCCUAAUCAGUCAGAAAUGUGCAUAAAACACAAACCUGUGCAGGAACACUCAGUAAUUAGCGUUACUUGAGGGGGUUUUGAUUUUAAUUCGUCGAUUAAAAGGUUUCAAUUCAGAUUUUUUAAAAUUAAAACCUUUGGUUCUUUCAGUGACUCAGGUGGCUGCAGCUUCUGAAAUGCAUCUAAAUGCAGAUAAUGCUGUAAAAAUAGAAGCUGCUUAACUAAAAUGAAAAUAUUAUGGGGUUUGGUUUUUUUUUGUAAGAACAUUUUUUUUGUACAAAAGAAUGUAUUUGGCUGUUCCUGGAUGCUGAGAGAGGCAGGGGGAUCACCCCGGUGCUUUUCCUAAAUUAAAAAGGACGUGGGAAAUGUUUGGUUGGGAGUCAGGGAUUUCUUUUUCCCAAACUCCCAUAUCAAGCACAGGAGCUUUCUCUGCAUUGGGUUUUAGAUACAGAUGGGUGAGAUUUUCAUCUUGGGUUUAUAAACUAAAAACUUAAACGUCCUUUACUCUCAUACUGUACAAAAAUAAUACCACAGCAGGCUCGUGCUAAACUUAUUUAAAUCCUCUGCGUUUUUACAGUGAAGUAAUGGGGCGGACUGAGGCGUGGUCAUUAAGAAUGUGAAUUAUUUCUAUUAAUGUAAUUUAUUAAUGGUCUCUAAUGCUGUCGGAAUGAGCACAAGUGAAAAGGCACCCUUUGAAAGCAUUACUUGAAUUAUUGGAGCAGGCCACUUUUAAAAUGUUGGGUGUUCAUUUCCUGUUAUCUUCAAUAAUUUUUACGGAUAAGCCGAGUUCUCAGGAUGGUUUGGUACUUUGACUUUCGGUUUCCUGCUGGUUGCAUUCCAUGCUUGGAUAUUUCCCUUCAAAUGCUGAUAAAGGAGAGUGAGAUGGGAUAUUGGGCAGGAAUUCCUGGCUGUGAGGGUGAGGAGGGGCUGGGCUGGAAUUCCCAGAGAUGUGGCUGUCCCUGGAUCCCUGGCAGUGCCCAAGGCCAGGUUGGAGCAGCCUGGGACAGUGGGAGGUGUCCCUGCCGUGGCAGGGGUGGCACUGGAUGGGCUUUAGGGUCCUUUCCAACCCAAACCAUUCCAGCAUUCCAUGAUCGUGGUAUUCCGUGAUUCUGUCAAAUAAAUGGCUGUUAAAAUCUAAGACAACAGACGUUUAAAGGACUGGCAUAAUCCUUCCACUUCAGAAAAAAAAAAAGUUCUUUAAAAUUCAGUAUUGCAGCAGAUCUUUUAUAAUUAUAAAUAACCCGUGAAAAAGGAGGAAAGGGCUUCAACGAAAAGUCCUGCUUGAGUGCUGGAGGGGCACAGUUCCACAGGCCCAAAGGGGAAUAUUUUAUUCCUGUAUUUUAUCCCUUUAUUUUAUCCCUUUAUUCCAUAACUUUAUUUACUUUUCCACGUGGGGCUAACUGUGGUUGUUUCCUCCUUGCGCUCCUUCUGCUAAAUCCUCUGAGGAAGCACAGCAGGUUCCGUCCUGCUCCAAGCUGGUCCUGCCAAAGCAGAGCAGCCUCGCUGUCCAUGAGUCUGGAAAUGUUUUUGCCUGGAACUCCAGACGUUCUCUCCUUUUCCAGGAGAGGAAAUGCUUUUGCUUUGCUGUGUUUUUGCGUUUCAGUCUAACCAAGCUCAGCUUUAUCUUUCGGAUACUUCAGCUCCGAUACAGCAGAGCCGCAGUGCACGGAGGGAGGCUUGGAAAUAUUCCAGAGGAUUUCAUUGUCCUGAAUGAAAAAAUCAGGAGGUGCAACCAAGGUAAAUGGCUGAAGGGCAGCAGGACUUGAAGUGUAGAGCAUUAAGUGAUGGUUGUGCAUCCUGUACCAUACAUGAAUGUAAUUCUUCUAAUA